AAAAAUCCCCAUUCAGACAGUUUCAUACGAAGGCAAGGACGGUCAAGAACCAAAUGCUAAACUGCAUAUCCCAUAAUCGCCUUCUGCAUGUAAACACAUACAGAAGGUCACGUGACUGCGGGGCUGUCCUGAUGCUGGUUAAGCUUGCUGGAUAUGCAUUUUUGUUUCAUAAAUAACUGUUUUGUUUAAACUUUUCCUUCCAUGCUAGCACAAAGGCUAGUACAAAGUAUUUAGCUGACAUGGAUAUCGCCCAUGCUAGACCGUCACUGUUUGGAGACAUCGCUCAUGGCCUGGGAUUUUGGACGGACCGCUCUCAGGUGCACGAGGCUGCCUCCCGAGGUCGGGCCGUGGAGCUGCAGCAGUUGAUUGAGAGCGGAGCAUCUGUUAAUGUACUGGCAGUGGACUCCAUCACACCUCUCCACGAAGCCUGCAUACACGGGCAGACCCAAUGUGUCAGACUGCUGCUGGACGCUGGUGCACAGGUGGACGCGCGUAACAUCGAUGGGAGUACGCCCCUGUGCGACGCCUGCGCCGCAGGCAGUCUGGACUGUGUGCAGCUCCUGCUGGACCACGGAGCCACAGUCAACCCCCCGCUCUUCACCUUCUCCCCCCUGCACGAAGCCUGCAUGAGCGGUAAUUCAGACUGUGUGCGCCUCAUGAUUGCCAAGGGUGCCCAUAUGGAGGCGCAUGACUGCCAUUUUGGGACCCCACUGCAUGUGGCGUGUGCCAGACAACAUCUGGACUGCGCCAAGGUGCUGCUUAACGCAGGUGCCAAUGUCAAUGCUGCCAAACUGCACGAGACUGCCCUCCACCACGCAGCCAAAGUGAAGAGUGUGGAUCUGAUAGACAUGCUUAUGGAGUUUGGGGCCAAUGUGUAUGCCAGAGACAACCUGGGAAAAAAGCCCAUGGACUACACUGACCCUGGCUCCCCUCCCAACCUCUGCUUAGAAUUUUACGAAAGCACCCCCCUGAGCCUGCAGCACCUGAGCAGGGUGACCCUGAGGACAGUGCUGGGUGAAAGAGCUCUGGAGGUGGUGUCCAAGCUAACAUUACCCAACCGUAUCAUAAGUUACCUCUCCUACUACUGAUUCAUCCUGUCCGUAUUCCUGCCACAACAUCCUGGGAAGUCCAGGAGGGGAAUCCAAUCCAAAUGAGGGAGUAGUUCAUCGCCUGCUGGGAUUGGUCAGCGGGUAGCAGACUGAGAGACAGCUGCAGGAGAAGUUGACCUGUAUUUUGGAGAUGUCUCUCCUUUCCUCUGCAAAUCGUAAUGUGGACACUCAAGUGAGCUGUCAGCUAUCAAUCUCACCUAAAACUCAGGUCAGAGUGGACAUCACAGCAUCCCAAUCAGUGUACCACAGACUUUACCGUUUACAGCUUGCUUUAGCUGGAGAAAAGGUCCCUUUGGACCGUGAAUGUAGUCUCUGACAGCACCAUGUUCAGCAGUGACCUGGUUUUCCAGGGAGAACACUACACCGGCAACUUGUUGGAGGACAGAUAAGAGAAGGUGUGGCUACUGACGCACAUUACAUACACAUGAGUCAUUCCAUACUGGAUCAUUAUCUUAACAGCAUUUCUCCUACUGUACUCACAUAUUCUUAUGAAGGGAGACUUGGGCAACGGAUGUGGGCAAUGGAUGCAUGUAAUUCAUUUGCUAAAUGGAUAAUUUAAAUGUACUGAUUUUAAUCAUUCAUAUUAAAAUGUAAAUUUUGA